AUGACCACAAAUCAAUCUCUUUUUCCUCAACCUGUCAUACCAUAUCUGUUCAGCUUGGAUAUUAGUACCAAUCCACCUCGGAACUAUCACGGUGACAAGCAUUUAGCUGGUUAUAAUGCAUAUAGAUCAGAGUUUGAACUCAAUUAUGACAGUAAUGCUGAAAAUAUUUUCACUAUAGAGGACACGCACUCUGAUGAUGAAGAUGAAUGUUUGGAUGCUCUAAAAGUAAGCCUCGUGAAUGCUUUUAACACUCGCCUUAAAGAAAGGCACAGAAGAUAUAGCAUAAUUCAAAAUCAUGGACUGAUAAUGAUAAAUAAAUUGUUUUCUUGGGUGAAAAAGUUUGAUGUCACACUCACUAGAGCAAAGGCGGAACGUUUGCUAGUUUUUAUGCAGUUUAUGACAGGUAUGCAAUUUGAUGCCUUUAUGGAGUCCAUGAGCCUUGCAGAAGCAUUAUUGCAAAAAUAUAUACUCUUGACAGAGUAUCGUAAAAAUGGUAUAAAAACAAUGCAGUCAGCCCGCCUCUACCGGCACUUAAAGUCUGAACAUGAGUCAGCUUUGAAAGAACAAAGAUACUACUCAAUGGUUAUGGCAAAAAAAUUUGAGAGUAAAUCACCUGCAAAGCAUAAAUUCAGUCUUAAUCAAAAUUUCUUGCCUACUCCAGGUAAAAAAUACAAAAGGUCGCAUAUGCCUUUAGAUAUUAUUGAUUUGCCUGGUUAUCAUUUGUUAUCGGAAAGUGAAAAGACACUAUGCGCGCAUGUACGAUUAGCUCCUAGGAACUAUUUAGAGAUUAAGAAUACAAUGAUAGCUGAAAAUCACAAACUAGGAUUUUUAAGGUUACUUGAUGCAAGAAGAAUUGUUAAAAUAGAUGUGAAUAAGACACGGAAGCUGUAUGAUUACCUUAUUGAAGAAGGAUUUAUAUCAAAACCUUUAAUGACAUAG